UUAUUAAUUAAUAACUUAGUAAGUGAAUUAGUAGUUAAAUAGUUGCAAGUUCCCUGGACGAAAUUUAAAAACUAUUUUGAAUAUAGCAGAAAAAUGAUUAUCAAAUUGUUUAUUUUAUUUGUGAUUACUGGAGCUCUCUCUCAAGAGCUUCAUCACUCGACGCCGCAAAAUCGUGUUGUUCAAAAAUCUUUUCUUGAUGAUCCAAAAUCAUGGAUUUCUCCUAAUGACGGAAACUUAGCCACGGAAAACACGCCUAUUUACGGUAUACAGCGCAAACCGAAAUUUUUCGGAAACGGAGCUGUAGAAUACAAGAUUGUAAAAUUUAAAAAUGCUAUGAAGAAAGUUAGCGAUUUUUUGUACAAAAAUCACUCUUAUGCGAUCGCUCCGGUCAAUAAUCAGCAGUCUCCUGCCACCGAAGCGCCGUCCAGCGAAGCUGAAAAUUCAAUUCCUAGUACAACUGCGAAACCAGAGCCUGAAAAAGAUAUGAACACUUUGAUCGAAGAAAUGUUAAGAAAAAGCUUUCCAAAUUCAGGGUUGAUAAUAGGUCAUCAUCAAACAACAACACCAAAACCUUCUUUGCCGUAUCCCAAUACAGUGUAUCCUGAGAUUCUUGUGAUAAUUGAUAAUUCCUUAUAUAAAAAACUUGACAGCAAUAUACUCCGUACUGUAGUUCAUACUUUGGGAUUUUUCAAUGGCGAAAAAGAUGGAUUUCCUAAUUUAGAAUACGCACCCAACAAAAUAGACGGUCAUAAUGUGACCAGGCCAGUUGGAGAGUGGUUAUACAAUCAUCAAGAGACAUUUCCUUUGGACAGCUAUGACAUUGCUGUAACACUGACGGCGAACGGUAUGUGGAGGAAAGCGAGUGGCACAGAAAUUUUGCUAGAUGGCAUAGCAUAUCCAUCAGGCUCAUGCAAGGUUUUUCACGAUCACCAGCUUGUAGUCAAAACAGUACUUGUCACGGAAAAAGGUAAUUUUCACGGCAUUCAGGCUGGAGCUCAUGAAAUUGGACACUCGCUCGGUAUCGAUGAUCAUGAUGAUCAACUUGACAAAGGAUGUCCUAAAGAUGCAGGUACCAUUAUAUCUCCUAGCACCAAAUUAAAUGGCUUCAAAUGGUCACAAUGCAGUUUGGACUUUUUGACUCAAACAUUUGUGAAUAGUACGCAUUUAAAAAAAACUGAAUGCCUGUAUAACAAGCCCAAGGGAGGAGAAUCAGUACCACGAUUGAUGCCCGGAAAAAUGUUAAACGCUAACAAACAGUGUCACUUGAAUGAAAAAAACACUUUUGUUGACUUCACACUUGCCGAAAAUAUUUGCGAACACCUUGUUUGCCGAAGUCACGAGGAUAGUUUCGGUCAUUACGUUAGAACUACUUAUGAAAUAGGAGCUACUAUUGGGUCUACUUGCGGCCAGGACAAAAUUUGUCUUCUUGGAAAUUGUGUUGAGAUUCUCCUCGUACUCGAGAGGGUCACUUUCAAUUUUCUAUCACCUUCUAACACUUCAUUCUUCAGUGUCAUGGCUAUUUUAAAAUUGAUUGCCGGGCUUAAUUUUAUUGGUGCGGUACUAAGUUCUUCGCUAGAGCUUCAUCAUCACAUGACACCAGAAGAGAGGCAGCAAGUUUUCUACACCGAUGGAACUGACGUUCCUCCGUAUGAAGUUGUGACAAUUCACUCGUCUAGAAUAGAAAAGCGUGAUGUUAAUGCGGGACAUGUUUUUGAAGUGAGUGCUUACGGUAAUAAUGUAAAAGCUUGGAUUACGCCAACUGAGGGAAUUUUGGCUGGUGUAAAUACUCCUAUUUGUGGAGUGAGAAGUCGAAGAGAUGGAGGAAUUGAUAUUUAUAAAUAUCCGAAUAAAAUGAAGGAAAUAGAAGCUACUGUAUUCAAGAACACUAAUCAAGGAAUUACGAUGACUGUCAAUUACCGUUCUGAUGGAACUAUAAUGAUGAAUGGUAUAGUCGGAAGCAAAAAUUGGUACGUGAAACCAGUACCCGAACGUCUGACUAAUUCGAUAAGUCGAUACCGAAGAUCUGUUAACAACAUUAAAUCUGAUUACGAGGACAAAUCCUACCAUAUUGUUUACCAAAUUCCUAUGACUUCGAACAACUCAACUCUGAUGGCUCCGCUAACUCAGUCAAAAAAAUCAAAACGUGCUAUUACCUUUCCUUCUAUAAUUUACCCGGAAGUACUUGUCAUUCUUGAUUGGGGUCUGUACCAGCAACUCGGAGGAACUAUUGAAAGCGCUGUGCCAUAUCUUCUAAGCUUUUGGAACGGAGUUGAUUUGAAAUACCGUGGGCUUCAAAAUCCUCGGUAUCGAUUGAACAUUGCAGCUAUCUUCCUGCCUGAGAAUUCAAAUGCUCUUUCGUUUAUUCAAAAAAGUAUAAGUUACGGACCAACAAGUUUAGACAGCCAAUCAGUGAUCCAGCACAGUGCGAGAUGGUUGUUCGAUCAUCAGAGGAUCAUCCCGUUAAACGAAUACGAUGUUGCUGUUAUAUUGACCAAUCGGCGAAUGUUUACGAACGAAAACGGACGACCAAGUUAUGGAUUAGGACGCGCUUGGAUCAGCGGAGCUUGUAGUACUCAUGAUCAAUACGGCGUACAUAGGAGCGCGGUAGUACACGAUGAAGGCACUUUUGGAGGUAUUCAUGCUACAGCUCACGAACUAGGACACUUGUUUGGAGCCAACCACGAUGGAAUAGAACAUCCAAACUGCCCAACACACGUUGGUACCAUAAUGGCUGUCCAUCCAAUUUUGAACACUGAGUACUCUUACUCGUGGUCUUGGUGCAGCCAAAAUGACUUCUCUAGAUUCUUAAAUUACUACAAUCCAACGUGUCUUUACAACGUACCCAAUCCGGGAACACCAGUUCCAAGGUUGCUGCCUGGAAAAAUGAUGAACGCGCAUCAACAGUGCUCAAUGAUAAACAGAAACACCCAAGCGUACAUCAAUACAGACAUAUGCAAAAAAUUGGUCUGCUAUGAUGUAGCACGGCGAGUUUGGUAUAAUAAUGUCGAUUGGUCAGCUGCUGAUGGGACUUAUUGCGCUCCAGGAAGAAUGUGUCUUUAUGGGAAAUGCGUUAAUGAAAACUAAGUUUCUUAUUUGUUU